AGGAGGUCUGCAGCGCGGCCAGGCUCGGGCUAGGACUCAGCGGGUCCACGCCGACUCCGGGGUUCAGGGUUGGGACUUAAGCAUGUGGAGUCGGCGCGCGCCUGGGGAGCGGGGCUAGCAUUGGGCCGGGGCUGGGAGCCGGCCUUUUAGGAAUUGGGCUGGAGAACGCCUCCUCGGGACGAUCCCGCGCGGAGUUGUGAGGGCGGAUCCUGGGAGGUGGAGCGUGGACUCGCCUAGGGGCUCUGCGAGCGGGGCUGGGGUUCAGGGGUCCUCGCAGACUACUUCGGAGGAGUGGGCUAAGGAGCAGAAAGGAGAGCGAGGGACCAACGGACUGGAUUCUGGGCAAGGAGCUUAGGUUAAGAGGACCCCUUAACCCCGAGACAAUGGGCGGGGCUGGAGGCGGGCAGAUCGCUCGUGGGUGGGGCCCGAGGCGGCCUGUCCCUUCCACCAACCCUCACGCCCCGCCUCUGGAUACUUAUUUGUUUAACCAAGAGCCCUGGCGCCCGCGCUUGCCCUAUGUUCGUAAAAUCGCAGCCUAAAAAAUGUAGGCCGACCCCCCUCGAGGACACAAAGACACGCACAGGGUUAUAGACAGACUUAGAGUCACAUAGAUGUCAAUACACAGGUCCUCACAGACCCUGUCACACACAAAGAUCCAGUCACAGCCCCCCCCACACACACACGCGCACACACACGCAUACACACGCACACACAGGCGCGUGCACACACACACACGCACACAUACACCACACACAUACACAUACAGCACAGUGUUAUCUACACACAAUGCUGGUACCUUUCAAGAGACUGGAUUGCGGACCCAGGGAAGUGGACUGAGUGUUAGCUCAACUCUUGCUUCUCAAAUGGCCUAGAACAGGCUCUGGGCUGGUGCCCAGCCUCCUCUCCUCUGUGUAAGAACCAAAAGGACCCUAAAAGCAGGAAACGGAAGCCAGGAGCGAAGUUGGAUCCUGCUGGAAUCACACAGGAAGGCAGGCUGAGCCAGGAUGGAGCCCCAGCCUCCUUCCCCUCCAAGCUGGGUUCCGGGCUCAGGGCCUCCACCUUGUGCUCGCAGACGUGGUGGUGCUGGAGGUGAGCAGCUCCCUGGCACAGCCUUCCCUGUUCUACCAUCUUGGGGUACGUGAGAGCUUCAGCAUGACCAACAACGUGCUUCUCUGCUCCCAGGAAGACAUCCCUGACCUGCAGGCCCUGCGGGAGGACAUUUUUCAGAAGAACUCAGAUUGUGUUGGCAGCUACACACUGAUCCCCUAUGUGGUGACAGCCACUGGUCGAGUGCUGUGUGGUGACGUAGGCCUCCUGAGGGGCCUGGCUGAUGGGCUAGUCCAGCCCGGGGUGGGCACUGAGGCCCUGCUCACACCCCUGGUGGGCCGGUUUGCCCGCCUGCUGGAGGCCAUGCCCACGGACUCUUGUGGCUAUUUCCGGGAGACCAUUCGGCAGGACAUCCGGCAGGCCCGGGAGCGGUUCAGCGGGCAGCAGCUGCGGGAGGAGCUGGCUCGCCUGCAGCGGAGACUGGACAGCGUGGAGCUGCUGAGCCCUGACAUCAUCAUGAACCUGCUGCUUUCCUACCGAGAUGUGCAGGACUACUCAGCCAUCAUUGAGCUGGUGGAGACGCUGCAGGCCUUGCCCACCUGUGACGUGGCUGAGCAGCACAACGUCUGCUUCCACUAUACAUUUGCCCUCAACCGGAGGAACAGGCCUGGGGACCGGGAGAAGGCAUUAGCUGUGCUGCUGCCACUGGUACAGAGGGAGGGCCCUGUGGCCCCCGACCUGUACUGCAUGUGUGGCCGUGUCUACAAGGACAUGUUCUUCAGCUCUGGCUUUCAGGAUGCUGGGCACCGAGAGCAGGCCUAUCACUGGUAUCGGAAGGCUUUUGAUGUGGAGCCCAGCCUUCACUCAGGCAUCAAUGCUGCCGUGCUCCUCAUCGCUGCUGGGCAGCGCUUUGAGGACUCCGAAGAGCUCCGGCUCAUUGGUAUGAAGCUGGGCUGCCUGCUGGCCCGAAAAGGCUGUGUGGAGAAGAUGCAAUAUUACUGGGAUGUAGGCUUCUACUUGGGAGCUCAGAUCCUUGCUAAUGACCCUAUCCAGGUGGCACUGGCUGCAGAGCAGCUAUACAAACUCAAUGCCCCCAUAUGGUACCUGGUGUCCAUGAUGGAAACCUUCCUGCUGUACCAGCACUUCAGACCCACGCCGGAGCCCCUGGGAGGACCCCCACGCCGUGCCCACUUCUGGCUCCACUUCUUACUACAGUCCUGCCAGCUGCUCAAAGCAGACAGUCCCCAAGGGGACCAGUGCUUGGUUCUUGUCCUGGAGAUGAACCAAGUGCUGCUGCCUGCGAAACUGGAGGUUCAGGGCGUGAACCCCGUGAGCGCAGUGACCCUGAGCCUGCUGGAGCCUGAGACCCAGGACCUUCCCUCCAGCUGGACCUUCUCGCUCCCCUCCAUCAGCGGUGUCAGCGCCUCCAAGCGGGACGAGCGCUGCUGCUUCCUCUACGCGCUUCCCCCGGCUCAGGACGUCCAGCUGUGCUUCCCCAGCGCAGGGCACUGCCAGUGGUUCUGCGGCCUGAUCCAGUCCUUGGUGACGAAUCCGGAUCCCAGGGCGCCCGUGGAGGAGGCAGAGGGUGUGUGGGAGGUGCUGGAGUUCGAUUACGAGUACACGGAGACCGGGGAGAGGCUGGUGCUGGGCAAGGGCACGUACGGGGUCGUGUACGCGGGCCGCGACCGGCACACGCGGGUACGCAUCGCCAUCAAGGAGAUCCCAGAGCGGGACAGCAGGUUCUCUCAGCCCCUACAUGAAGAGAUCGCUCUGCACAAACGCCUGCGCCACAAGAACAUCGUGCGCUAUCUGGGCUCAGCCAGCGAGGGCGGCUACCUCAAGAUCUUCAUGGAGGAAGUGCCUGGAGGCAGCCUGUCCUCCUUGCUGCGGUCAGUGUGGGGACCCCUGCAGGACAACGAGAGCACCAUCAGUUUCUACACCCGCCAGAUCCUGCAGGGACUCAGCUACCUGCAUGACAACCGCAUUGUGCAUCGUGACAUCAAGGGGGACAAUGUGCUGAUCAACACUUUCAGUGGGCUUCUCAAGAUUUCCGACUUUGGCACCUCCAAGCGGCUGGCAGGCAUCACCCCUUGCACUGAGACCUUCACAGGGACCCUACAGUACAUGGCCCCAGAAAUCAUUGACCAGGGCCCACGCGGGUACGGGAAAGCGGCUGACAUCUGGUCGCUGGGCUGCACUGUCAUCGAGAUGGCCACAGGUCACCCACCCUUUCACGAGCUCGGGAGCCCACAGGCUGCCAUGUUUCAGGUGGGCAUGUACAAGGUACAUCCGCCAAUGCCCAGUUCUCUGUCAGCCGAGGCCCAAGCCUUCCUCCUGCGAACGUUUGAGCCAGACCCCCGUCUUCGUGCCAGUGCUCAAGCACUGCUGGGGGACCCCUUCCUGCAGCCUGGGAAGAGGAGCCGAAGCCCGGGCUCGCCUCAGCAUGCUCCCCGGCCCCCAGAUGCCCCUUCAGCCAGCCCUCUUCCUUCAGCUGACUCCACCACCCAGUCCCAGACAUUCCCACGCCCUCAGGCACCCUCUCAACACCCGCCUAGUCCCCCGAAGCGCUGCCUCAGCUACGGGGACACCAGCCAGCUCCGGGUGCCCGAGGAGCCCGGAGCCGAAGAUUCAGCGUCCCCGGAGGAGAGUUCAGGGCUGAGCCUGCUGCAUCAAGAGAGCAAGCGCCGGGCCAUGCUGGCCGAGGUGCUGAAGCAGGAGCUGCCCACGCUGGCGGAGAAUCUGUGGCUGGAGCAGGACCAGGAACCCCGUCUGGGCAGGAAUCUUGUGGAACAGCUACUGCACUGCCUCGGGGCGCACAUCCACACGCCCAACCGCCGGCAGCUGGCCCAGGAGCUGCGGGCCCUGCAAGGGCAGCUGCGGGCCCAGGGCCUUGAGCCUGCACUUCUGCACAGACCACUCUUUGCCUUCCCCGAUGCGGUGAAGCAGAUUCUCCGCAGGCGCCAGAUCCGCCCACACUGGAUGUUCGUGCUGGACUCGCUGCUCAGCCGUGCUGUACGGGGAGCCCUAGCCGUGCUGAGCCCAGGAGUGGAGAAGGAUGCAGUCCCACAGAGGUCAGAGGAGUCCAGUAAAGAGGAGCCCCAGCCCAAGCAGCAGGACACCCCAGUCCAGCCAAGCCUGCUCCCAGGGGAACGCGAGCAGAGCCUCCCACCUCUGAUGGUGCAGCUGGGCCUCUUGCGAGCAGAGACUGAUCGGCUCCGAGAUGUCCUGGCUGAGAAGGAGUGGGAGUGCCGGGCUCUGAUGCAACAAGCUCUACAGCGGGUGGACAAGGAGGCCAGGACCUGCUCCCUGGCCUCAGGGCCCCCAGCUGCUCGAACAGUGGACCAGGGCCUGGUGCAGUGGCUACAGGAACUGGACGUGGAUUCAGGCACCAUCCAGAGGCUGCUGAACCACAGCUUCACCCUCCAUGCCCUACUGACCUGCGCCACUAAAGAUGACCUCACCUACACCCGCAUCAGGGGAGGGAUGGCAUGCCGUAUCUGGAGAGCCAUCCUGGCACAGCGAGCAGGAUCCACGGCUGUUACCCCUGGCCCCCAGGAGGCUGAAUGAGGGCACCAGAGGCAAGAGGCUAGACCCGAGGACGGGUGACUGGAGAAGACGCCAGCAAGUUCUGACCCGGGGGCAACUGGAAGGGACCAGGUGGUGGUAGGGGCCGUCCAACCACAGAGAUGCCCAAGUUCACUGAGUACCACCGGACAAAGACUAUUAAACAGAACACUUUUGUACCUUU